AUGGCCAAAGUCAAACAGAAGGUCGCCAGACAAGGUGCGGCGGGCGCCUCAACCCGCGCUGCCCAGGUUGCAAAACAGAAAAAGCACAAAGUUGCUGUGCAAGGAGAUCCCAAGGAUAAGAAAUUAGCCACUGUUGUAAGCAGAAUCCCUUCGCAUUCUUGGUGCCCUAUCAUCGACACGCUUCCCGCGGCUCUCAUUCACCAGCUCCCACCGUCCAUUAUCACCCAGCUCCCCCGGGAAGUCCUCACAAGAGGGCUGGUAAUCAGUGAACCUGACACUCGCAAGGUCGCAUUUACGGAGAACCCUCCUCCGGGCUACACGUUCAUCGCUGCAGGAAAUCCUGAACUCACCAAUGCAUUGAAAGAAUUCGCCAGCCGUGGCCAGCACAAGAUCUUCGUUGUCACUAUCACACCGCACGCCAAACGCCACGAGUUAUCGAGACAAAUCCAUCGCGUCGGCUAUCAUUUCCCCACCACGGUCGUCGAUCAGGUCUGUGCCCACUAUGGCAUCCGUCUCAACAACAGGGGCGAGCUCAUCGACGAGUCCAAGGAUGAAGAUCUCUUCCGACGGGUCUACCAAAACGCCGACGGCCAACGUCCGGCCGAAGAGAAGGAUCAGGUAACAAUCAACACGGAAGCCAAACAAACAAUCAAAGAUCUAUUUCCCAAAAUUCCGGAUAGUGAUCUAUUUAGGAUUAUCAAGCACGCUUUCCAGCUGAGCGACGCCAGAGUCGGAACCGCGCCAGAGCUGACCCUGCUCCGGAGAGCCCACCUCGCCGUUGUCGCCCAUAUUCGGCACAACUACACCUCAUACGACAAAUUGCUGAGGCACGUCCAAUACAACGAAGCUCGCCAUCAGGUUGAAAAGGAAACUCUCGAAAAGAUCAUUGAGUGGCGUGGUGGCGAGGACAUGGCUCUUGAAGAUACUGGUCAUGCUGCCGAUGAUCUCCUCAAGGAUGUGAUUGUCAUCUCUGACGAGGAUGCGUCCGAGGGCGAGGCGGAUGAUGUUCAACCUCUACCUCAAGAGCAAGUCCGUGUCGAGGAGCUUCCGACCGCACCCCAUGGGCGAGGUUAUGACCGCUCCCCCUCUCCAGUGGCCGAAGCGCAGCCUGAGCGUUACCCGGCCUACCCACGUCUUGUGCACAGCUACAGACCAAGUGAAGCCGAAAUCGCCCAACGAAGCCAGACCAGGUACGCUGUCUGGGACCAAGUAAGACGGGACUAUCACUCCAGAAUAGCCCAAGCUCCUACCACCGGCGUGGAGAGAGUCUACAACCCCGAACCUGCUCAGAGCUCUCGCAUUUUGAUACCGCUCGACGAUCCUGCCCCUCGGCCUGCUCAGCUAUUUCGUUACGAAGUACCUGUACAAAGACCUGUGAGGGUAGAAUACGAGCCGCUUCCGCCACCUCGACCGAACCCGCCACAGUUCAUUCGAGAUGCCAAUGGCAAUCUUUUCGAACGGGUCGAUUCUCAGCCACGCGCGACACCUGUGGAGACAUCGCAACGCUACUAUCAACACGAGACUCCAGCAAUGACUGGGGCGCUGGUAAGAACUCGACCUUCAUCGCCACCGGUCAACUUGCAAGCGCAAGCACGAUAUGCUACAGGUCGUGAUGGUGGUGAUGGUAUGGUGCUGCCAUCCGUUGAAGCACCUGAUGGGUCUUAUGCACCAUCUCGGCUACGCCGCAACCCCUUCGACAGAGAAGUAGAGCCUCGUGAUACUGACACAGUGCGACAAGAAGCUCGUCAACCUCGAGACGCACCGCGCAUUGACCUGACCAACAGUUCAAGCCAGACGCCUAAGAGACGUCGACUUGAAGAAAUUGAUCCGUCACCUGGAGAUCGCAUGGUCAGACGAGAAUCACCUGGCAGGCUUGUUGAGCGCCAGUAUCCACCACAACGUCUGACAAGAGCCGCGCACCCGGAGAGUCGCAUAGUUGAUUAUGGUGAGCCUCGUCACGACUCUCGUUUGCAAGCGACAAGUUCUGCCAGGGAACACGCUUACGCUGAUCGUCAACCGUUGUACGGUGUUCGUGAUCCUCCACGUACUUAUACACGUGUCUAUGAACCGUUGCCUGAAACGCAGGAAGCGCUUGAUUCGGCAAGAUCUCAAUAUCGUCCGCAAAGUUAUGGAAUCGUGAGACAAGAAGUCGAGUCCAUUCGCCCAGUUGGGCCUCCGAGAUAUGGACCUUCGACGCAUGCGAGCCCCAGUCAUGAGCCGAUCGUGGAGUCUCGCAUCUACGACGGCAGGACGACAACAGAGCGUGUCAUGCCUUCACGUGAACAAUACAUCCAACCUUCCAUGCAAGAGACGCGUGUCCGAUACGUCUAUGCUGAUGGGACAGAAGCCCCUGAGCCACUACAAGCAGUUCCUCCGCAGCGUGAAGCGGAGUAUGAACGACCAACUGCUGCGGUCCGGUCCUACGUUCGUUGA